GCCCAUAAAACGGAUGACCCAGUCCCUGCUAUCGAAACUCUCUCUCUCUCCCUCUCUCUCUCUCUCUCUCUCUCUCACUCACAACAAUGGCGGGAAAGGGGGCCGACGGCGAAGGGUUAUCGGCGAACCUCGCCGGAAUGUCGAAGAACCAGCUCUACGACAUUAUGUGUCAGAUGAAGACACUGAUUGAACAGAACCAGCAACAAGCGAGGCAAAUUCUCAUCCAAAAUCCUCUCUUGACUAAAGCUCUUUUCCAGGCACAAAUUAUGCUUGGAAUGGUGCAACCCCCUCAAGCAAUUCCAAAUAUCCAAUCAACUGUAACGCAGCCUCCUACACAACAACCAGUGCAGCCAGCUCAGCAAACAAAUGUUCAGGCUACUCAUGCAUUGCCAGGACAAAAUGGCUUGCAGGACCAAACUAGCGCGCCUCAGAUUCCAAUUCCUGUAAGAAAGCAACAUCAAAACCCACCUGUGAUGCCAAUCCCAUCUACUUCUGCUCCUCCUUUAAACCUCCAAUCCCAGUCCUUGCCAUCACAUGCCUUACAGUCAGUACAGCAGCCGAAGGGACAUGUUAAUGCCCAAGCACCACCAAUUUCACUUCCACAAUCCUCUCAAGUUCCUAACAUUUCUCCGCUUCCAAUUCAUUCUGUUUCACAGCCGCCUCCACUUCAACCCUCUCUGCCCACUGGUUCCACCCAGUUGCAGCAACCAAUACAGACAAGUGGCAUUAUGCAUCUGCCGCUGCAACCCCCACUGCCACCACAACCGAGACCACCUUCAAUGCCGGCUUUCUCUCACCAGAUUCAUUCACAAAUUGGGCAGAACCCUGGUUUCCAGCACUCUGGUCCACCUCAGCUGCAUCAUUCACAGCCCAUGUUUCAUUUAGGUAACAAACCUCCACCUAGCAUGGGGCCUUCAUUUCCGCAGGGACAGCCCCCACUUCCAAGUCAGCCACCACCUCAAUCAGUGUAUCAGGUAGGAGGUUCACAUUUCGGUACAGAAUUCAACAGUCAAGUAGGAAGCUCCAUGCAACCCGAAAGAGCGCCUGCUUGGAUUCCUGGUCUAGCUGAUAAUGCAAUGGGAUCACAGCUUCCAGGACCACCACUGUUAGCUCCCGUUGGUCAGAUGGGCCAGGGCAGUCAGCAUCCUCGUCCCCCACCCUUGACCCCAGAGAUGGAAAAGGCUCUACUUCAGCAGGUCAUGAGUCUCACGCCAGAACAGAUUAAUCUCCUCCCACCGGAGCAAAGAAGUCAAGUGCUCCAGCUGCAGCAGAUGCUACGCCAGUGAGCUGACCCAAAAAAAAAAAAUUGUUUUCCAAAAACAUGUGAGGCAUUUACCUCUCUUUCGCUGACACUGCAGCAGGAACAGAAAUGCCAUCUCCAUCUCCUCCUUAAGCUUAUCAAAACCAGCCUUGGUCAAGUCAAGAGAUUUGAUGCUGUCACUCAAUACAUGUUGAUUUUCUUUUUCCUUUUUUUAUUUUUAUUUUUAAUGGUUUGCUCUGCCUCCUCCUUUUUAUAAAAAAAUUGGCAGCUUCUGUAGUUGAGGUUCUUGUUAAUUGCAUCCCCUGGAAAUUUUAUUAACCUCAUCUUAUUUUUAUUUUAUUUUUUGAUCCGAUUAUUAACC